AUGGAUGAUGUUUCCAAUUUCUCUGGUGGUGGCUCACGAUCGCGCGAUGACACCAUUUUUGAGGUUACUACAAACCGCACAUUUUCUCCUUCCACUAUGGCUAAGCAACAACAGUUACUUCAGGCAAACGCGACAGUUCGAUGCGUUUCAACAAUCGGCGCUAUAACCAGACUUAGUGGGCAGACCGAAAUUGCAUCUAUUCUUUCUGAGGCAAACAAUCACAACGAAACUUCAGUGUCGCACUCUCUCGAAAACCUACCAACUCAUGGACAGCCUGCUUCCCCUUUUAAGCCUAUAAGCUCUGGAGUAGUAACUCUUACUCCAGUAAUGGAAACUACGUUGGAGGCCGUGGGAGACUCAGGAGUUUCACAAAUAGAAGCUAAGCGGCGCGCCUUGCAAACCGCUGCUGCACAACAGUCAACGGAAGAGAUUGAGGAGAUUGCAGACGUCGAAUGGCAUGGACCACCUUAUGUUCAGGAUCUGCCCUUUAUCGGAUUUUCGUACACCCCGGGCCUAAUCCAAUUCUGGCGUAAUAAUAUUGCCAACGUAACAUCUGCUGGUGGCACUGGACAAAUUGGCGCUCGAUCUUUGGGUCUUUCGCAACUUGCCAGAACGUGA